AUACCGUAACUCUACUAUACUAUACUCUACUCUACUCUACUCUACUCUACUCUACUCUACUCUACUCAAUCUAUCUCUUUCUCUCUCUAAAAUCUCACACUUUGUAGAGAGAGAAACUUCCGACACCGACGACAUUUUCCGGCAGCCUCAUCCUACUUUAUUGCAAUGUUGGAAGCAAAAUUGGGACUUGGGAAAAUGAGGCCACCAUUACAGGGAAUUGCAAAUGAUCUGAAUGGGAGAUUGGCAUGUUACAAGCAAGAUUGGAUUGGUGGUAUUCGAUCUGGUUUCGGAAUACUGGCCCCAACCACAUUCAUCUUCUUUGCUUCUGCUCUUCCUGUUAUAGCCUUUGGGGAGCAACUCAGCAGAGAUACAGAUGGAAGCUUGAGCACAGUUGAGACUUUAGCUUCAACAGCAAUAUGUGGGAUCAUACAAUCAAUUAUUGGUGGGCAGCCUCUUUUGAUUGUAGGGGUUGCAGAACCAACUGUGAUUAUGUACUCUUACCUAUACAAAUUCGCUCAAGGGCGGCCCGAUUUGGGAAAAGAACUUUACCUAGCUUGGGCAGGAUGGGUUUGUGUAUGGACUGCCCUCAUGUUGAUUCUUCUUUCGAUAUUCAAUGUUGCCGCAAUCAUUAAUCGAUUCACAAGGGUUGCUGGGGAGUUAUUUGGCAUGUUGAUUACUGUUCUUUUCAUCCAAGAAGCUAUCAAGGGAGCUGUAAGUGAGUUUGGAAUCCCCAAAGCCGAGGAUCUUCGUGAACUGAAGUUCCAAUUCCAGUGGCGUUAUGUAAAUGGAUUGUUAGGGGUCAUAUUUACAUUUGGUCUAAUUACAACGGCCUUAAAGAGCCGUAGGGCUAGAUCAUGGCACUAUGGUACAGGCCGUAUCAGGAACCUUAUUGCAGAUUACGGGGUUCCUUUAAUGGUUGUGGUUUGGACUGCUAUAUCAUUUAGCGUUCCUAAAGGCGUUCCAGAAGGAGUACCUCGAAGACUUUUUAGUCCUCUUCCUUGGCAAUCUGAAUCCUUGUACCAUUGGACUGUUAUCAAGGAUAUGGUCAAGGUGCCUAUUGUAUAUGUUUUUGCUGCAAUAGUCCCUGCUUUAAUGGUGGCGGGACUCUAUUUUUUCGACCACAGUGUUGCUUCACAACUUGCACAGCAAAAGGAAUUCAAUCUGAGAAAGCCUUCUGCUUACCACUAUGACAUCUUGGUGCUUGGUUUUAUGACAUUGCUCUGUGGCCUAAUUGGUCUUCCUCCAUCAAACGGCGUCCUUCCACAAUCUCCAAUGCAUACAAAGAGCCUUGCUACCCUGAAGAAGCAUCUUAUAGGGAAGAAGAUGGUAGAAUCUGCAAAAGAAAAUAUGAAGAAACGCGCUAGCAGCACUGAAAUCUAUGGUCAGAUGCAAGAUAUUUUCAUUGAAAUGGAUGAAAACGCUGAUCCCCAUCAAGUUGCCAAAGAGCUUGAAGAACUGAAACAAGCAGUGAUAAAGGGAGACAACAAAGAAGGAAAAGACAACAAUACUUUCAGACUUGAUCACAUUGAUGCUUAUUUGCCUGUUAGAGUCAACGAGCAAAGAGUUAGUAACCUCUUACAAUCGAUCCUUGUAGCAGGCGCUGUGUUUGCUAUGCCCGUGAUCAAGUUGAUACCCACCUCUGUUCUUUGGGGAUACUUUGCGUAUAUGGCCAUUGAUAGUCUCCCAGGGAACCAGUUCUGGGAAAGAAUCCUCCUUCUUUUCAUCACUCCAUCUAGAAGAUACAAGGUUCUGGAUCAAGCACAUGCAUCAUAUGUUGAAUCAGUGCCCUUCAAAAACAUUGCUGCUUUCACUCUAUUCCAGUUUGUAUACUUGUUGAUCUGCUUUGGGAUUACUUGGAUACCGAUUGCUGGGAUUCUUUUCCCGUUGCCAUUUUUCAUUCUCAUAAGCAUACGGCAACAUAUUCUCCCGAAAAUGUUCCAUCCAAUUCAUCUGCAAGAACUUGAUGCUGCUGAGUAUGAGGAGAUUGUUGCUGCACCAAGACGUGCUCUUAGCUUGUCUUUCAAGAGGGAAACUCCUGAAGACGAACCAGUGGGAGAUGAUGGUGAGAUACUUGAUGAACUUACAACCAGCAGAGGAGAGUUCAAGAUCAGAACCUUGAGCUUUAAAAAUCCACAGGUUCACCCGUAAAAGAUUGUUCCUCCACAGACCACAGUGAAGUACUAAUACUUUAGUAUGAGCAACCAGGAUUCUGAAAGAGCAUAUUGCAUCAUAGAAGAAGGAGAGGGACUGACUUUGCAUAAGGAAGUUGAAAUCUUAGAAGAAACUGAAGAAUUAUACGAACAUUUCAUUCUUUGUAGAAAGGCAGUUAAAACUCUGUGCUAGGACUAAUUAGGAAGGUGUUACCACAUCAUUUUUUCUUAGACAUUUUACUUCCUAAGUUGUAUAGGAAUAGCCAAUGACAUCUUAGUGAAUUUGUUAAUAGGAAAAUUUGGUAAUAUUAAUCCAACCUUUGACCGAUUUUCUUUUAUUAAGCCCACCUACGACAUAUUUUUUAAUAAUCCCACCUUUAUUACCCAACAACUUUUAUUGGGCCCAACAGGUCAUAAAACUGUUGUAAGCGGCAUUAUUUCUCUACAUGGCAGUACUCUCUCUCGAUAUAUUCAGUCAUCAUCAUCAAUUCAUCACCAUCUCGUUGACUUUUUCACCGAUUACCGGCCACUUAAGCCCAAUAAAAGUCGUCGGGUAGUAAAGGUGGGAUUAUUAAAAAAUAUGUCGUAGGUGGGAUUAAUAAAAGAAAAUCGGCCAAAGGUUGGAUUAAUAUUACCAAAUUUUCCUUGUUAAUAUUGAGGUUAUAGGUAUAUUAGCUCCUUAAAUUUUACAUGUAUAACCACCCCCGGAACAUAAAUCUCAAACUUUUUCUCUCAA